AUGUUUAUAUUCGAAACAUUUGAUUCAAUAAUAAAAAAGAACUUUGACAUUGAAAACACAAAAGUUCAUUUUAUCUCCGUGCAACACUCUUCUCAAUCUUAUGUGAAACCCGAAUUGAAUGAAUUUUCAAUCAUUACCGUCUCUCUUUCUGGUCAUAUCAAAGAGAACAAAUUCCACACAAUAUUAGGGCAAAAGAACACUGCGCCACGACAGUGUGAAAUCAACGGAAUAACUUAUUCUGACGCAUUCCCAUCACCUCAAGAAGCACUUGAACGCUUCCACCAUUACUUCAAUGCUAACAAAAAUAUGGGAGUUCAAAUAUUUGUCUUUCAACGAUAUGACAAAGGGUAUGAUCCGAUGUUAGAUCGAGUUAUUGUGUCCCUUUUGAGAGGUAUUGACAAGGACAAUUCGUCGAUGGCAAAAGUGUUUAACGAUUAUACUUAUAUAACACUCGGCAAAUUGCUUGACACUCUUUUGAAGAAAUUUGACAUCAAUUAUAAUAGAAAAGAACUUGAGAAAGACAUCGACAAGUUGUUCAAAAUUCGGAAAUUGGACGAACGAUGCGACUACCACAAAACAGUUGAAAGUCGUUUUGCGUGUUCGAGAGAAGAGACGGAAAGUAUGAUCAACACCUUUUAUGCCAUUUUACUCCGCUUCAACGUCCCCAUCCAAAAAUUUCACUAUGAAAUUCCUCAAGUGAUUUCUAAUGCAAUUUUUGAGAAGAAAAAAGCGCCGUUUUCAUUUGAAAAUAACUUCGUUGUGAUGUUCACAAAUUUCAUUGGAACUCAAGACAAAGUCUUUGAACUGCUUUUGUGCGACAUAUCUGUAAAGAGAAAUGAAGCGAGUGGGAUGGUCGAAUUUAUUUCUAAUAAAAAUGAAUGUUUUGAACAUGUUCUCCCAAGUGGAGUGAGCGAUUCAAGCAGUUCUAUUGAACUGUUUCUUGUACUCUUAGACUACUAUGAAGACCAAGAAGAGUCUAAAAAUAAAUUUGCGAAGACCGAAAUAGAAAAGUUUUGUAAAAAUCAUUGUGAAGAGUAUUUUGUCACUUUUGACUGCGAUUUGAAAGAUUUAAAAAAUUUGGGAGUCGAUGGGAAUUAUUUGAAUUUUUUGAAUAAAAACGAAUUUUUUCAAUGUUUUUGCAAAGAAUUUGGCCACAUUGAAAAUUUUGAACCAAAAAAGUUUUGCACUUUGUUUGAAUCAUUUCAUAAUGUGAAAACGAGUGAUAAUUGUUGUUUUGUACAUAAACAAUGCGAGAAAAGUCUUGAGUGCGUGCAUUACAGAUCUGAGUAUUUUAUAUUUGUGUUGAAUAAACUUGUAAAUACUCCUACAGAAAUCCAAAAGUAUUUAAAUAUAGAAACACAAGAAAGUCGAAAGGAAAUAGAAGCAAAAAAAGAGCAAAGUGGAUAUACAAAAGAAAUGCAAAUUAAAGAAAGGAAAGAGACGACUAUUUUUAUUCCAAAAGCAAAAAGACAGGCGGCAGAAAAGACUGAAAAGACUGACGACCAAAAUAGUGGGGCUAAAAAUGAGAAGAAAAAACAAAAAAUUGUGCUUGUUAUUCCACACAGGGAAAAAGAUUAUCCAGACCAAGAAAGUAAUGCCGCAUAUUUUGGAUUUUAA